AAGUAAAGUACAUUGCAGAACUGUUCCUCGUGACCCCUUUUCUGUUGCUGCAGCAUACACAAUCAUGUCUUUUGUCUCUCGAGGGGCGAGAGCUGCAGCUCGUCCCUUGAGGCGUGCAAUCCAACAACAUCCGCAACGCAGAUUUGCUGGACACGAAGCUGGCCACGGCCACGGAGAUGCACAUCAUCAUUCUUCUGGGGAGAGCGCUCUCCACGUCGCAGGUGGAUCGGGAAAUGAAGGAUUUGGCAGGGGCUUCUACAUUGCUAUUGGCUCCGUACCUUUCGCAAUACUCGUCUACUCGAUCGCCAGCUCUCCCGGAGACAAUGCUCUCACCCGCCUUGUGCGGGAAUAUGAUGCCGGCAAAGAGGUGUUGUUGAGAAAGGAUGCGAUACACACGACCAUGAUGGAACAGGCCGCGGCUGACAGGCAAUUGUUUGCUGCAACGCCGACUGAUCCUGCGGGACCUCCUCUUCGAAACCCAGAGUCUUUCAACUUCGGCUCACCCUGGAACGUGUCUGCUGGACAAGGCACCGCAGAUCUCUCUGCGUUGGCAAAGUACUAUGAGGGAAGGCACAAAGAGGUGGAACAAGAGAGGGUAGAGAGGCUCAAGAAACAAAAGGGCUCAGUUUACGACUUGUAGGCACCCGGGAUUACUAGAGAGGUUUUGGCCGUGGCAUUGUAUAUAGGGAAAUGACCUACUCGAGCCUGACGUGGCUGUUUCAAGUCCCAUGGGCAUACAAGAGUGACCGAUGAAAACAUCAUCAUUUGACUGUUCUCUUUUGUCUUUACACUGACUGCGAGUUUCUGUCUGCGCUUCUACAGAUAUGUUUUUGAUUCAAGCUUUCCAUGGGAGCUCAUCCUUGAGCAACCGUCAG